AAAAACUCUACAUUUUCACUCAGCAUUCAUGCAGACACGCUGUGGGAUCGGAUAUCCUAAACACAAAUCUGCUGUAAAACACCUGCAUUUAGAGUGUCUACACAGUGCAAGAGUCCACUCACUUUUAUCCAGCCUGCAAAGGAUAGAAAAGAUUUAUUAAAAGAAAAAAAAUAUAAGAGGUGGAAAGAUAUCUCAGCAAUGGCCAGCCCAGGAAAAAAAGAGAGAAGUGGCGUUGCAGAGGCAGACAGGAAAGAAAUCAUGAAGCAAAUGAAAGUGCGCACCACACUAAAGAACGACAUGAGCUGGAUUAAUCAGCAGAGUUUGGAAGAAAAGAAUGAGAAUAAUGCCAGUCCACUGUCACCCAGACAGAAGUUACUAUGGCCCCCAACUCCAGAAGCCAGUGAUGUCAGUGACUCAUCAGUAUUACCAUCCAAUGAGAUUGCUAACAGAACUUCCUCUAGCCCAAUUCAAGCAACUAACAAGCCAUCUAGUUCCAGACUAUCAACUGGAUACAUCAUAAGGGGUCAACCACUUUCUGGCUCAGAAAAGACCCAGUCAUCAUUUAAUGGUUACCAGAAAAACUAUGCCGUGCAAACUAAGAGCGCCAGCCUUCCACGUGUGCCUACUGCCUCUGGUUUCAAGAUGUCCACAGAUGAAUACAAGAAAUUAGCUCCAUUUAACACAAGGAACAAAUCUAUAGGGGAUCUGUCAGAUGAUGAAAUUCCAGUUUCUGCUGAGGAACAAGCAAAGAGAACUGAAGCAGCAAGUGGUGUGCUAAAGAACACAAAGGAUCGGUCAUAUGUAUUUUCUGCAGCCAAAAGAAGCAGCGUAAUCGGUGCACCAGAUAGCAAUCAAUCACACUUUGUGGCUAAAAGGGUGGAAGUAAAGGAAGAACAUGAAGAACAUAAGAGUGAAACAUCCCCGAAAUCCACUUAUAGGGAUAAACAGGGAUUACCUUCAAAUUCAUUCCCUCCAAGAAAUGAUGCAACUGCAAAGAAUGCAGAGAAGUCCUAUUCAGUGGAAAGUAAACAAACUACCGUCACAGUAAAAGACAGUGCACCUGCUGCCAUCGGAAGCCCUAAACUGAGCCGGAGGGUUGUUAGCAGUACAUCAGAGAGUAGAAGUUCACCAGUAAAUCCUGACCCAGUUCCCAGAGGGCCAAGCAGAGUGGACUUAAACGAAAAAUGGGAAGAAAACAAGAGUUCAACACGUCCAAAAUCUCUUUCUGAUUAUCUGUUGGAAGAUGCUGGCAGGUUUGAAAGUGGUUACAAAACAACACAAACCAGUCAGCCAACUUCUCUAUCAUCAUCCAGUGGAACAAGCCCAGGCAGCAGCCCCAGACUGACCACUAGAAAUAUCAGCAGAACCCUGGAGACAAAUAUCUCAUCAGUUAAACCAGAGGCAGGAAAGAUAACAGUCGUCAAAGAAGAAAGGAGUACAAGUCCAGCCGGUAGCCCCAAGGUGACUACUAGAAAUAUCAGAAGCACCACCGAGACCAGUAUUUCAUCUAUAAAACCAGAGUCAGGCAAGAUUACAGUUGUCAAAGAAGAAAGGGGAACAAGCCCAGCUGGCAGCCCCAAGGUUACUACUAGGAAUAUCAGAAGCACCACUGAGACCAGUAUCUCAGGCAAGAUUACAGUCGUCAAGGAGGAAAGAGGAACAAGCCCAGCCGGCAGCCCCAAGGUUACUACUAGGAAUCUCAGCAGCACCACUGAGACUAGUGUCUCAUCUAUAAAACCAGAGCAAGGGAAGAUUACAGUUGUCAAAGAAGAAAGGGGAAGAAGCCCCACUACAAGCCCCAGGGUGACCACUAGGAACAUCAGCAGCACCACUGAGACUAGUAUCUCAUCAAUGAAACCAGAGCCAGGGAAGAUUAUAGGCGUUAAAGAAAGUGGAUCAAGCCCAUCGAGGAGCCCCAAAAUGACCAACAGAAAUAUCAGCAGCACCACAGAGACAACUAUCUCAUCGAUCAAAACGGAGCCAGGGAAGAUUACAUUGACUAAAGAUGAAAGCUGGGUGAACACAGAAGAGAGAAGAGAACGCAACAGGAGUCCUGCACCCCCAAGAUCUCUUGCUGAUUAUCUUCUGGAGGAUGCAAACAGGUUUGAAAACAAUUAUACAGCACCUCAGUCCAGUCAACUAUCUUCCAACGCAGCUGCAUGCAUUGGAACAAGCCCAGUCGCCAGCCCCAGACUGACCAAUAACAAUAUCAGCAGCACCAUUGAAACAAAUAUCUCAUCCAUUAAUCCAGAGUCAGGGAAGAUUACAGUUGUCAAAGAUAAAAGUGGAACCAGCCCCGCAAGUAGCCCCAGAUUGACCACUAGAAAUAUUAGCAGCACCAUUGAGACAAGCACCUCAUCCAUCAAACCAGAGCAGGGGAAGAUUACAUUUGUUAAAGAUGAAAGCCCAUCCAUCAGCCCUAGACUAAGCCAUACGUAUAGCAGCAGCACGACAGAGACAACUAUUUCAUCCAAUCAACCAGACCCGGGGAAGAUUACAUUCAUCAAAGAAGAAAGCAUAAGUAAACCAGAUGUUCCCAAACUGACAACAUUAGGCACAAACAUCACAGAGACAAAGGGAUCAGGUGUACAGACUGGACCAGGAAAGAUCACUGUCUUCAAAGAAGGAAGUAACAAAGAUACUGCAGAACUUCCAAAACUAACUUCCUGGUCUACAAAAAAUGUGAUCGACUAUACUAAACCAGACAACCGGGCCGCAUCCGGAAAAAUCACUGUCAUCACAGAUGAAAGUGGCCCAGCUGUGAAUACUGAAUCUGAUCUGAUUAGCUGGUCAGAUCUGGAUACAAAUCUAAGAUCUGGAGGAAUUAGUGAAAAGUCCACAAUGGAGUCAUCAUUGAUUUCAGCAUCUCCUAGCAGACUUGUCUCGCAGUCAGGAAGCAGAAGUUCCACCACAGUAACCAGAGAAACACGAUAUGAAAACUCAAGUGGUUCUGACAGAAGCAGCUCUCCAAGGCCUACUCCACGUGCUAGGGACAAUAUUACUACUACAGUUACCGAAUCCAAGUACCCAGUAUCUGACGCUUUGAACGAUACUACAAAUGGUAGCAGUUACAGCUCCCGCACCACAGUUACUACAACUCAUUCUACAGAACCUUCUUAUACAGAGUAUCUAGAUGGAAAUGAUUCAAGAGCCACAAGCAAUAAAGGAGUUCUUUUUGUAAAGGAAUAUGUUAACACAAGUGGGAGUCUCAAAUCACCAACAAAUUCUGGAACCCUACCAGACUUUACCGGAGACUUUGAGAGAUCCUACAGCAGCUCAAGUUACCUUUACAACAGUGCACCAAAAAGUUCUGAUGGAGGACCUUGCACUUACUGUGGCCGUGAAAUCGUAGACUGUGCAAAAAUUAUUCUAGCGCACCUGAAUAUUUACUGCCAUGAGUACUGCUUUAAGUGUGGCAUUUGUAACAAGCCAAUGGGAGAUUUGAUCGAUAGCCUAUUUAUUCACCGGGAUGUGGUACACUGUGAGAGCUGCUAUGAAAAGCUUUUCUAGAUCACCGGACUGAAGAACAGGAAAAUGUCCAUGCUUACCUUGCCUCUCAUGGGUUUUCCACACAGAAAAAGUAUUUUACUCAUUAACUUCAGCUAAUAUUGAAUAUAAUAAUACUAAUACUGUGACGCUUGGGGGGGGGGUCACAAAUGCACUUGGUUAGUUUGUGCUCUCUAUUCCAAAACAAAUAAUUAUUAUGGCCUAUUAGAACCACACAGUAAAAUGUAACAUGUUUCUGUUCUAAAUUCCUUCUUUCAUAAAAUCAGGUGGUAAUGGCAUUCAAAAGGGGUUGGGAAUUUUUUCUAUAAACCAAAUAUGCCCUGUCUGUAGCCUACCAGCUGUUAUAAACAACAAUUCCUAGAAUGGCAUGGCUGCUAGUUGUUGUUAAAAAAAAGCCAGAAAGUCUACAUGGACACUUUUAUGAUAAUUAAGAGAACCUUUAGAGCAGACAGAACAACUCAUCUACGGUGCUAACACAUACAAUAUCAACGGCUUGAUAUACAAUAAUGCUUACCUUGGCUGAUAAUGAAAAAAAUAUUGUAAUCUAUUUUUAGAAAAUAAGCCGUUUUUUCUACAGUUCACAAAAAUGAAUCAAAGUUAGGCAGUUCUUACUUAUAUGGUAUAUUUUCAUUCUAGUAAGUGAAUAAACUUAAUUUAGAUAGAAAAUAAUAAAACAGACUAUAGAUAUAUUUUGAACAGUGUAUUACAUUCAAUGACAACUGUAUGCAACUUCCUUUUUUCCCUUUUAUCUCCAUAUUCACUUGUUUUUAUUAUCGUAUCGAACCCUAUAUUUUCUUUUAAUGUAUUGUUCUACUCUACAGUGCUGCUUGUACAAGUAGUGCUACAUACAUUAAAAAAUGCAUACAUACCUACAUAUUCACAGCGCCGGAUUUGCCCGCCCGCACUACCACACGCUGGCGCAAAAGCGCCAGCGUGCGAGCACCGAAGCACUGGGGAGCACAGGCGGCUGGGCGGCAUGCCACCCCCAAAAAUGUGCCGCCCUAGGCCCCGGCCUAUGUGGCCUUGCCACAAAUCCGGGCCUGCAUAUUCAUUAAGUAAAACAAAACCUAGUCACCCGUCAUUUAACAAACAGUAUAGAGGUCUUCAGUAUAGGUUUAUUUAACAUAUAAAUAAUAAAGCUCAAUGUCAUACUCAGAUGCAUGGAGACAUGAGAUAUAUUCAGUUCCAUUAUUUAAAAUUCCAGUUAUGUCAGCUAACCUUGGUUGUAAAUAUUCAUGAAACUUUUUUUCAUAACCUGGUUAUAAAACAUCUGCCAUGUUGGUAAUAUAGUAUAGAAUUACUAGAUUACCAAUAUGGGAUACAGAGAGGGCUAUGUAUCAAUGCCCAUGUCUAAAUUAGGGAAUUUAUUAAUAACCCCUAAUCAUUUUUAUUUAAAACGACUUACAGGCAUUCUGUGAAAAGCGUAGGAAAAUGUAACUGUGAAUUUACCAACUAAUGAUCUUGUAAUUAAUUUGGAAAACUGGUGAACAGAUCUUGGAAUUAUUUAAUAAAUUGUUUAUAAUGCUUUGCAAAUGACUAGAAAAUAAUUUUGUGAUUAUCUGGAAUUAUAUAUAUUAUCUGUAGUAAUUAUUAAGCAAUUGGUCUUUCUUGUUACAAAAAUUAUAUAUUUAAUUUAUAGUUUUCUAGACACUGUUAAAAUGUAUAUGAAUAAGCUAUAUAGGUUAUGGUUGAGGAAUCUGUGAAGCCUUUCAUGCUGUUAGGCCCCAAACUCAUCAGUCACCUGUUUGAGCUCCCGGUUUGCUAUGAGGAGUAAACAGUAGUGUAGUUUCCACCUAAAGCUAUAAUAGCCAAAGCAUAUGAACUAAUUUAUUAUUGAUAAGAAUACAAAAUAGAGACCAGUUGCAAAUUGUUUCAAAUUCUGCCCUCUUUUUAUUACUUAAACUUAAGUAGAUUAUGACUGUAGCAUCUGUCACCUUAAAUGUGUAUGGCCAGUUGUGAUCUGUGAAAACGACAUACCAUAAAACAGACACGGUCAGCCAUCUGCACUCUUGAGUGUUGAGAGACUACAGUAUUUAGCAUCCAUAUAUACAGCAUGGCAGUGAACGGUGUAGGAAGAUUGUGUUAGAACCCUCCUGUGCAACUUAUAUUAUAAGACUUUUCUGCCAAAAAUAAAAGAAUGUACAAUUAAUUAACAAUACGAUCUUUUUCAAACCAAAGUUGUCCAGAUCUAAUAACAAAUAACAACCAAUCAACAGUUACAAUUUACCAGUGCAGUUCAGUCAGAAUAAGCAUAGCAAAGAUUGCACUGGUUAUGAGUUUCUAAAGCUUAGCAGGUGUUCAUACAUUCUACUUUGAAAGAAUUAUUGAUAUUUUAUUCAUUAAGCAUUUGUGUAAUAAAACAAUGAGAAAAAAACUAUGUUUAGUUCUUGUAUAAAACUGCACUACCUAAUGGAUGCACAUUCCAUUAUAUUGACCUAAAGGUCAUUAGCCAGGAGCCAUAGGGAAGAUACUUUUAUAUUAUUAAGUGAAUGGUUAAAUAGACUUUUUUUGAAAGGAGAUACUGACUAUUCUGCUUUACUAUACAUUUGUCAUUCUUAUUCAUUAUCUAUUUGCCUUCAAUGUUAAAUAUCACAAAAUAAAUAUUCUUGUAAGUGACACAUUA